AUGAACUCGCUGAACAUCUUAUCGUCCCGAGUGAUUGGCCAGCCUACCAGUUCCAGUAGAAGUCGGCAACGAUCUCGAUCGCAAGGAGAGAUUUCCCGGGCAAUUGAACCAGGCGAUCUCGCCAAGUUUCGGUCCUAUAGUGAGAGCAACUUCCAUGCUUCCGAACACCAUGAGAAAAGCCACGAUGUGACGCCCGGCGCGCCAGAUGACCUCGAAAACCAUGAGUACACGCUUGACGAGAAAUCACCCUUAUUACGAAGUCUAUCCAAGGAUCGCUCUCUGGGCACAAACAGCACCAUAGGGCUGUUCGUGCACCGGUUCUUCGAUGCGAUUGCUGAGACGAUCAAGUUCAUUUUGUCAACCUUGGCCGCGCCUGGAUUUUUUGUCGUCCACUGCUUUCGCGAAGACGAUGGGCAUUACUCUCCACUGGCUCCAUUCCGCAAAAUCAGCCGCCUGAUUCCGGGUCGUUCCAAACGAUCAGGUCCUGACGCGCCGGGCAAAGGAGGGACUCCAGCACAUGGCAAACAACGAACAUCACGACGACCCAAAGCUCAUAGAUCACGCGAAUCAAUUGCCUCGAGCACUUCGGAGUCGGAGGGGGAUCGGCGAAGCGCCAAGGGACUCAGCAGCAGUCAUUCUCGGUCCGUCAAGUCUAAGUCCUCCAGCUCCGAGCAUGCACCGGACGACAACAUCCCUCGGCGAUCUAUUCGAAUCAAGCUUCAUAAUGAAGAGGCGUUCAAGCGGAACCGGCAGCGUCGUGCGCAAAGCACGGAUUUGGGACAGGCGUCGCAGAAUGGAUCCCAGGGCGCUCUAAAUCUUGAUAGCUUGAAGUCCCCGACCUCCCCGUCGGUCCAUCGAGUCACUCGAUAUCCGCAUUUGCCCGUUCCUCCUCGGCCUCUGAUUCCCCAGCGCAUACCUUCCUACACGGCCAACCUACGCAACACGAAAAGCCCGCAAAAGACUCUGGUCCUCGAUCUCGACGAAACACUCAUCCACUCCCUGGCCAAGGGUGGCCGCAUGUCCAGUGGCCACAUGGUUGAAGUCAAGUUGUCCACGCCGAUGACGACCGCUCUGACUCCAGGCGGGCCUCCGACCACGCUUGGUCCGCAACAUCCCAUCUUGUACUAUGUCCACAAACGGCCUCACUGUGACGAGUUUCUGCGCAAGGUGUGUAAAUGGUACAAGCUGGUGGUUUUUACUGCGAGUGUGCAAGAGUACGCCGAUCCGGUCAUCGACUGGCUGGAACAGGAGCGGAAAUACUUCCACGCGCGGUAUUACCGGCAACAUUGUACAUUUCGCAACGGCGCGUACAUUAAAGAUCUCAGCUCUGUUGAGCCAGACCUGAGUAAAGUGAUGAUCCUGGACAAUAGUCCUAUGAGUUAUAUUUUUCACGAAGAUAACGCAAUCCCCAUUGAGGGCUGGAUUAAUGAUCCGACGGACAACGGGUUGCUCCACCUCGUCCCCAUGUUAGAAGCUUUACAGUAUGUAACCGACGUGCGGGCUUUCCUAGCCUUGCGUAGAGGGGAAACAGAAGCUUAGCUUUGACAAGGAGAAGAAGGAUGGACCCGUGGCAGUGACGGAGUAACUUAUGGCCUUUAAUAUAAUAAUAACCCCCCCCCCCCCUUUGCACAGAAAACACGAAAACAGAAUAAGGGAAACCCUGACCGGAAUGUUGUCCAAGCUUGAUGUUAUUACGGGAAUCUCACAAUGCAUCCCAUGGCGAUCAGAUCCCCAUGUCUCUGCUCUUGUAAAGUUGAGAGAGGCAUGAGGGGGGGAUGAUACAAUGGGCUAUCGUCUCUCGACCUUCUCUUCCUGACUGUCGCUUAUAAUUAAUAUCUCGGUCGGCAUCCCCAUCCAUGCCUCCCCUUCCACUAUACUCCUGACAACGACUAUAUAUAUUCUCUCCUGUAUCCCUUCCUCGUCCCUUGUCACACACUAAUCUCUCUGGACCAUGUUCGCCGUCAAGGUAUUGAUAUCACUUUCCCACUCGCCCGAUGAG